UGUGCUUAUCCUGCAGCACUUCUUCUGAAGCUAGAGAAACGGAUUGCUGAAGUGUCAGUUGAAUCGAAGGAAUUAGGAUUUACAAGGCCUGGGCCUUACAUAUAUGAAUUACUUGCUGAGCUCAACAUAACGCAUGAAACUGCUCCAAAACUUAUUGAUAUAAUUGAGGAAGCUAUGGUGGUUCUCGAGGAAGAUAAGAUGCAAAAGAUGGAAAGCACCACAAGCAGACUUGAAAAUAUUGGGGACAUUUUAAAAAUAAUUUUUAAGGAUAAAGGCAAUGGGCAUGCUGAGUUCUACCGUGUCCAUGUACAAGAAAUUGAGGCAAAUGCUGCCGAUGUCUUGAGAGGUAAGCCAUCGAGAACACUUAGCUGGUGGUGUUUUAAUCCAGGAAUUGCUAUGCAAGAAUUCUCGAGGAUGGGUGUUGGCUCUAUAAUAGUGACAUCAGGAACGCUAUCUCCGAUGGAUUAUUUUGCACAAGAACUAAAAAUAGAUUUUCCUAUACGGCUGGAAAACCCCCACGUUAUAUCAUCAAAUCAGAUAUGGGCUGGAGUUGUGCCAGUUGGUCCAUCAGGCUGCGCUUUCAAUUCUUCCUACCGGAAUCGUGAUUCUUUGGAAUACAAACAAGAGCUUGGAAAUGCUAUUGUUAAUUUUGCUAGAAUAAUACCGGAUGGGCUUCUGGUAUUCUUUCCAUCCUACUACCUGUUGGACCAGUGCAUUAGGUGUUGGAAGAAUGUGAGUCAUGGAAAUUUAACUACAAUAUGGGAGAGAAUCUGCAAACAUAAGAAGCCUGUAAUUGAACCUAGACAGUCUUCUCUCUUUGCUUCAUCAAGUGGGGAAUAUAUGUCGAAACUGAAGGACAAGUCGACUUCUGGGGCAGUAUUUUUUGCUGUUUGUCGUGGCAAGGUUAGUGAAGGUCUGGAUUUCGCGGACCAUGCUGGAAGAGCAGUAGUCAUAAUUGGUAUUCCAUUUGCCAUGAGAAAUGAUCCUAAGGUUCGACUAAAGCGCGAGUACUUGGAUCAACAGAUGCAACAGAGAAGUGAAGAAUGCAAGACACCGAAGUCACAUGUCCUUACUGGAGAGGAGUGGUAUAAUCAACAAGCAUCACGGGCUGUGAAUCAAGCAGUUGGACGUGUAAUCCGUCAUUCCCAUGACUAUGGAGCAAUUAUCUUUUGCGAUGAGAGAUUUUUGCAGCCAAACCAUCAGUCCCAAGUAUCACAUUGGAUACAGCCUUAUGUCAAGUGUUACUCAAAAUUGGAGAUGUGGUUCUAC